AUGGCUUCACGUUCUGAGGAGGAUCUCUCCUGUCCUGUCUGCAGUGACAUCUUCAAGGAUCCUGUUGUCCUGUCAUGUAGCCACAGCUUCUGUAAAGAAUGUCUGCAGAAAUGGUGGAGAAAUAAACCACUACGAGAGUGUCCAGUGUGUAAAGAGAAAACUCUACCAAGCGAACCACCACGUAACUUGGCUCUAAAGAACCUGUGUGAGGCCCAUUUACUGGAGAGAGGUGGGAGAGGCUCAGCAGAGGCUUUCUGCAGUCUGCACUCUGAGAAACUCCAACUCUUCUGUCUGGACCAUCAGCAGCCAGUGUGUGUUGUCUGUCGAGACUCAACAACACAUGCUGACCACAGAUUCAGACCCAUCGAUGAAGCUGCACAGGAUCACAAAGAGAAGCUCCUGAUAACCCUGCACCCCUUACAGGAGAAACUGAAGCUCUUUAAAGAAGUUAAAGGAAACUGUGAUCAAACAGCAGAACACAUUAAGGUCCAGGCCAGACACACAGAGAAGCAGAUUAGGGAGCAGUUUAAGAAGCUUCGCCUGUUUCUAAAAGAGGAAGAGGAGGCCAGGAUCUGUGCUCUGAGGGAGGAAGAGGAGCAGAAGAGUCAGAGGAUGAAGGAGAAGAUUGAGGCUCUGAGCAGAGAGAUAGCAGCUCUUUCAGACACAGUCAGAGCCACAGAGGAGAGGCUGAGAGCUGAAGACGUCUCUUUCCUGCAGAACUACAAGGCUGCAGUGGAGAGAGUCCUGCAGACCCCCCCGCUGGAUGAUCCACAGCUGAUCUCAGGAGCUCUGAUAGACGUGGCCAAACACCUGGGCAACCUGAGCUUCAACAUCUGGAACAAGAUGGCGGAGAUGGUCUCCUACACUCCUGUGAUUCUGGAUCCAAACUCUGCUCAUCCAGAACUCGUCCUGUCUGAAGAUCUGACCAGUGUGAGAUGUGGAGAGACACAGAAGCUUCCCGACAAUCCAGAGAGGUUUGAUUCCUUCAUCUCUGUUCUGGGCUCUGAGGGCUUUGACUCUGGGACUCACAGCUGGGACGUUGAGGUUGGAGACAGCACAGUCUGGAUUCUGGGUGUAGCAGCAGAGUCUGUCCAAAGAAAGAGAGGCACAGCCUUAAAGUCUGGAUUAUGGAGAAUCGUGUUUUACAAAGGUGAAUACACAGCGUGCUCAUGUCCUGGCCCAGACACUGUUCUCUCAGUGCAGAAGAAGCUCCAGAGGAUCAGAGUAAAACUGGACUGGGCUAAAGGACAACUGUCAUUCUUCGAUUGGGAUACUUACACACACAUGCACACCUUGAAACAUAGUUUCACUGACAAGUUGUUUCCAUACUUUAAUACAAACAACGAAUUGCCACUAAAGAUAUUACCAGUGAAAAACUACAAGGCUGCAGUGGAGAGAGUCCAGCAGCUCCCCCCGCUGGAUGAUCCACAGCUGAUCUCAGGAGCUCUGAUAGACGUGGCCAAACACCUGGGCAACCUGAGCAUCAACAUCUGGAACAAGAUGGAGGCGACGGUCUCCUACACUCCUGUGAUUCUGGAUCCAAACUCUGCUUUUGAUAUGGCUGUCACACCACUCCACGAAAUCUGUCACCACUGGCCCGUGAUCGACCUCUGCAUCCUGGAGCAGGCCUACUAA